AUGCCUGGUGGAGGGUUGUUUGUUGCGGAAGAUGACUCAGACGAUGAGCUUUUGAGAGAGGAGUUUUCUCAGCAAGAAAUUGGACCCUUAGGUGACCCACAAGCGCCACCUCCACUGUCGGAGGGGCCAGAGGCCCUUGGCGAUGAUGUUCAUGUUGACAUGGGAGAUACACGGUCCGAUGAUGAUGUUCCGUUGUAUCCAUUGAUCCCAAUUGAUACGGAUAAUGAGAAAAUGGCUGCUGAGGGUGGUGGAGCACCGGCAGCAGUAGCAGGAGGGCAAAUACGACCCGUCAGUAUCCAGCUGGCACUCUCCCUGCCCUUCCAGUACGAAAUGAUUCAAAAUUGUCUUAGUACGGACGACCCUCUGAUGAUUAUGGGGAAAGGACUUGGGAUGUCUGCUAUUCUGUCAAACCUACUGCACAUUCUUGGAACGCCGACGAAGGUCGGUUCCCAAUUGAAAAGGUCGUUGGUCAUUGUUCUGAACGCUUCAGAUAAUGACACUCAGCAGAUAGCAGAAGGAUUACAGGAGCUGUCCUGGCUGGAUGAACUGGAAGAAGGUGUUGGUGGGCAGGACGAGGAGGACAGCUCUGUUUACAGUCGCCAGUUCACACAAGUCACCUCGGAAUCCCUUAGCGUCGAAAGAGACGGCAGUUGUACCUGUCCGGUGGGAGUACUGAGUGUCACGUCUCGUAUUCUGAUAGUAGACCUGCUCUCAGGUAUCUUACACCCGAAUAAAGUAACAGGGAUGGUGGUCCUCAACGUCGAGACUUUGAAGGAUUUCUCAAACGAGUCCUUCAUACUGGAGAUAUACAGAUCGCAGAACAGGUGGGGGUUUAUCAAGGGGUUUUCAGAGUCACCAGAAUCCUUUGUGAUGGAGUUCUCACCACUCUUGAGAAGGAUGAGAGACCUGAGAUUUCAAAAAGUUUUGCUCUGGCCAAGGUUCCGCGUCGAGAUAUCCUCGUGUCUGAACAACCCUACAACAUCAAGUAACGUUUUUGAAGUGAAAGUGUCGCUGACAAACUCGAUGUCCCAGAUUCAGUUCGGACUGAUGGAAUGCCUAAAGAAAUGUCUGGCCGAAUUGAAUAGAAAGAACCCGCAGCUAGCGUUGGAAUGGUGGGACAUCGACAACGUUUUGAACGUGAAUCUGCUACGCUCCAUAGACUCCGUGAUGUUGCCCAAUUGGCAUAGAAUAUCUUACGACUCCAAACAGCUCGUCAAGGAUAUCAGAUUUUUGAAACAUUUGUUGAAACAAAUAGUAAGUGCAGAUGCAGUCGAUUUUUACGAGGAGAUACAAUUGAGCUUGGAGGCUAAUAAACCCUCGAUUUCAAGAAAAUACUCAGAAUCGCCCUGGUUAUUAGCAGAGGAGUCUCAACUUGUAAUAUCUCACGCGAGAAAGAGAAUAUUUUAUAAAGACGAGUACCAACUAGAAGAACAGCCUAAAUGGGAUCAGUUACUACACAUAAUUGACGAUAUCGCCCACGAAAAAUUAGGGAAACAAAUAACGGGUCCAACUUUAAUUGCUUGUUCCUCCACUGAAACAGUAAGACAACUGACUAGAGUACUGAGCUUUGCCCACAAGAAAGAUGGAUUUAGGAAGUUAAUGUUGAAAAAGUUACAGUACUAUAAGGACAUGAGACAAGAGAAGUCUCGCACGGUGAAUGAAGUGCGGAAAGCCGAAUCUGAGGUAAACAAGCAGGAGUUAUCUGUUAGUAGCGCCUUCUCCAAGGAGGAAGUAACGUCGAAAAGAAGAAGGACAAGGGGGGCUUCUUUUGUUGCUGCGGUAGAGAGGUUGCGGAACGCUGGUGCUGGGGAAGAUAUAGAGGGAGCUAUAGAUUCUUAUGAUCUUGGAAAAGAACUGGAACUUACAGAACAGGGAGCGGAGGAAGACGAGUUUGAUGAGCUGAUUCCGUACUCUCCGGAAAGCUUCGUUGUCAAACCGGAGAACGAUCUAGAAAGUGAUCAGCUGCUUCCAUACGAAGAAGUGUUCCAAGAUGCGCAAAAAUCAGGGCUUACGUCCGAAUUAUGGGAGGAAAGAAAGUCAUGUUUUUCUUACAUCCCCAGAGGAGACCAGAUCAUUGUAGAAAAAUUCUCCAAUUUGAAUGAUGAGCUGUCGCUGCAAGAACAGAUGCCAUCAUAUAUUAUUAUAUUUGAACCGGACCUCUCAUUUAUCAGACGUGUUGAGUUAUAUCGAGCUUCAUGCAGCGAUAACCCUUGUAAAGUGUACUUCAUGUACUAUGGUGAGAGUGUCGAAGAACAAAACCAUUUGACAGCAAUCAAGAGGGAAAAGGAUGCAUUUAGUAAGUUGAUUAGAGAAAAUGCGAAUAUAGCGCAUCAUUAUGAGACGAUGGAAGAUAUUUCGCAUUUCAAAAACCUGGCAGAAAGGAAGAUAAAAUUGAGUAAAAUCAACAGAGGGAACGCCAGAAAUGCUGGUGGCCAACGUGGUUUCCAGAACUAUACUCAAGACGUUGUUGUCGUGGACACACGUGAAUUCAACGCGUCUUUGCCCGGCCUGCUUUUCAGAUAUGGUGUACGUGUUGUACCUUGCAUGUUAUCCGUUGGUGACUACAUUAUCACUCCAGAAAUAUGUCUGGAAAGGAAGUCAAUUUCAGAUUUAAUCGGGUCCCUUCAAAACAACAGACUGGUUUCUCAAUGUAAAAAAAUGCAGGCAUUUUAUAAAUACCCAACUCUUUUGAUCGAGUUUGAUGGAAGCCAAUCUUUUUCUUUGGAGCCCUUUGGAGAAGGAAGAAGUUACAGGAAUCAAAACGCAUCUACCACACACCCUAUCUCAAGCAAACUGUCGCAAGAAGAAAUCCAGUCAAAACUUGCUAAAGUGGUCAUGAAAUUUCCCCGGUUGAGAAUCAUUUGGUCUUCUUCACCCCUUCAAAGUGUGAACAUAAUCCUAGAAUUGAAACUAGGAAGAGAACAGCCGAAUCCAACAACGGCAAUUGAGUACGGUACUAAUCUAAGGAAGAAUGCCAAAAAAGACAAAGUCACCCUGCAAACGGCUGAAGAAGUAUAUUUCACGGAACUAUUAAAGGUACCUGGAGUUUCCAAUAUCGAUUAUUUCAACCUCAAGAAAAAGGUGAAAACGUUUGCUCGGUUGAAGAAACUGAGCAUGAAAGAGCUAACUGAUAUUACAGGAGACCAGCUAUUGGCAGAAAAGGUGUUAAAUUUUGUUCAACAAGUUAUAAGUAAUGCCCAGCAGUCUGAACAAGAAUCUGCAGAUGACAACGUCCAAAGCGACGAUGACAUUCUUAAUCUUUAA